UGUAAGCAAGUAUAAUUAUUAUUAUUCAAAGGAUAUUAAAGUAACAAUUUUUUUAAAUUUUAAUAUUGUGAUGUCACUUUAGAGCUGCUCUUCCUAUUGUUGUGUACUGUAAUUUCCAUAAAUUUCCACUUUCCAUGGUUCUUGAUGAUGGAAUAGAUCUUUUUAAUAGAGGGAUGUGUAAAAGCAUGUGUCUGAUGAUAUAUCGAAUGCACAGGUAAAAAGCAGUGACGGAUCCCAUCUAGCUGUAGUUGGGCUUUUUAUUAUUUACUAAAUUUGAUGUCAUUCAACUGCACUUUAGUAUCUGAAUUAUUCUUGCCAAACUACUUUUAUGUGCCCAUUGGUAUGUGAAUAGUCUAUAUUUCAGACAUAUGUAAUAUGAAUGUUACUUAUAUCCUAUGUUCUGCAAGUUAGCAGCAGGCAUAAGAUGAUCAGCAAAUUAGUGCACAUGACCCACUAAUUUGUGCUUCUUUUUGUAUUCUCCAUUUUUAUCUUGCCUUUGCACAUGUUGCCAGUUGAAGAAAUAUAAAUCUAUACUUUGCGGGUUGUUUCUUGUAAGAAAAAUGUGAGUUCUGUUUUACAAGUGUGCUUGACUGUACCACUUAUUCGUCUAAGGGUUGACAUAUCAUGAAUAUAAAUUGAAAGUAUUGUCUUGCCUUAAGAAAUUUACUGUUUCAUUUUCAUGAAGUAACUCGGAAAAGUGUAAUAUGUAAAUCACUAUACGUUUUGAAUCACAUACGUUCAUAAUUCCGAAGCUUCACUAUUACGCAACGGUAAUACGCGUGCGCCUAAAAUGAUCGAGCUACCAAGAACAAUGCCAAUGGCGUCCACAACUUAUCUAUGCGACCACAAUCUCUCUAGAGAAGAGUAGAGAAAUCUUCACCAAGAAUCAUCAAGACCUUAAUGAUUGAGCUACAGGGAACAAUGUCAAAUUCUUACUGAUCUUCCAGGUCACACUACAUGUAUAUGGAAGCUGUAAUCAUUAGUAUCCUAAAAUAUUUACCAUGUUUAGUCACCAUUUAUGAAUUUUCAUGUGUUUGUAUGCCAGGUUGUACCGGAAGAUCUUUGACAAGGCCUAUGGUGCUGCAAGUGGCGAGAAAAUGCUGAGUGACCUCAAAGCUGCCAUUGCAGGGUACAACAAUGAGGCAAGGGAUAUCUGUGCCAAGAUUGAUCAAGUUAAUAACAAGAUCGCCAUCACUUUAUAUUCUCCUCUCAUGAAGCGCUGCAGUCAGAAGCAUGAAUAUAGCGGAGAACUUGUCUUUAUCGAUGCUUCAGGGGGCAUGGAUCAAUAUGACUGCAGGGUAUUCAUGCUGCUGACCCACAGUGCUGCUGGUGGAUUGCCCCUGGGAUGCCUGAUUGUUACCUCCAAGUCUAGGGAGUGCAUUACCCUGGCAUUGAAACUGUACUUGGACAUAAUACCUAAAGAUGCCUUUUUUGGCCCUGGCAACCUUGGCCCUCCUGUAUUUUUGUCUGAUGAUAGCGAGGCAGAAAAGUAGAUCCUUGAAGCAAGUUUUUCCAAAGGCUACAUUGAUUCUUUGUAUUUUCCACUUGUUGCAGGCAGUGUGGAGAUUCCUGUGGGAGGGAAAGAAUCACAUAAGGAGCAUAGACCACAGCUGCGUUUUGCUGUCAAAAAGAUGACAUUCUCAAUGACAGAAGAUGCUCUUGAGGAAGCAUAUGAAGAGCUCCAUGGUAGUGAAAUUGCUCGCCUGUAUCCAAACUUCCAAGCACAUGUUGAGAAACUCUACAAUCCCCGUCAAGCAUGGGCUGUGUGCUAUCGUCAUGACUUACCCAUUCGGGGUAACAACACAAAUAAUUAGGCAGAAGCGGCGAUGAGGAUAAGAUCUUCGAAAGAGUAAGAGCAUACAAAGUUGUUCAGCUCCUGGACUUUUUUCUGACAUGCGUCCCCAGUUACAGGCUAUUGUGAUAAUUGUGAUAAUCUUCUGCUACUCGAGAUAAAUUCCUUUAACAAGUUACAAUAUCCAAAUAACCAUGGAGGAAAGUCACAAGAUGGCGAGGAAAAGAAACUGGUACAGUUCGGAAAAAACCCUGCUUGUUCACCUCGUCGGUGAUAAAAUAGAUAUUAAAGGAAAGAAGAGAAACAAUUUCCAGGCCAACUCGGCUAAAAUCACGGCCUGGGUAGAAAUCUUCGGUGAAUUUUUUGCCCGGUAUGGAGAGAGGAGGAGCAUGAAAGAAAUACGAGAUCAAUGGAAGAGGAUAAAGCUCGCGGGGAAGGCUGAAUGGGCAGACUUCUCUAAAAAGAGGAUGACGGGAGGAGGAGAGUCACCCCAUCAGCCCUCUGACCUCUCCGUCCCAAGUUACAGGCUAUUGUGAUAAUUGUGAUAAUCUUCUGCUACUCGAGAUAAAUUCCUUUAACAAGUUACAAUAUCCAAAUAACCAUGGAGGAAAGUCACAAGAUGGCGAGGAAAAGAAACUGGGACAGUUCGGAAAAAACCCUGCUUGUUCACCUCGUCGGUGAUAAAAUAGAUAUUAAAGGAAAGAAGAGAAACAAUUUCCAGGCCAACUCGGCUAAAAUCACGGCCUGGGUAGAAAUCUUCGGUGAAUUUUUUGCCCGGUAUGGAGAGAGGAGCAUGAAAGAAAUACGAGAUCAAUGGAAGAGGAUAAAGCUCGCGGGGAAGGCUGAAUGGGCAGACUUCUCUAAAAAGAGGAUGACGGGAGGAGGAGAGUCACCCCAUCAGCCCUCUGACCUCUCCGUCCCAAGUUACAGGCUACUGUGAUAAUUGUGAUAAUUGUGAUAAUCUUCUGCUACUCGAGAUAAAUUCCUUUAACAAGUUACAAUAUCCAAAUAACCAUGGAGGAAAGUCACAAGAUGGCGAGGAAAAGAAACUGGGACAGUUCGGAAAAAACCCUGCUUGUUCACCUCGUCGGUGAUAAAAUAGAUAUUAAAGGAAAGAAGAGAAACAAUUUCCAGGCCAACUCGGCUAAAAUCACGGCCUGGGCAGAAAUCUUCGGUGAAUUUUUUGCCCGGUAUGGAGAGAGGAGCAUGAAAGAAAUACGAGAUCAAUGGAAGAGGAUAAAGCUCGCGGGGAAGGCUGAAUGGGCAGACUUCUCUAAAAAGAGGAGGAUGACGGGAGGAGGAGAGUCACCCCAUCAGCCCUCUGACCUCUCCGUCCCAAGUUACAGGCUAUUGUGAUAAUUGUGAUAAUUGUGAUAAUCUUCUGCUACUCGAGAUAAAUUCCUUUAACAAGUUACAAUAUCCAAAUAACCAUGGAGGAAAGUCACAAGAUGGCGAGGAAAAGAAACUGGGACAGUUCGGAAAAAACCCUGCUUGUUCACCUCGUCGGUGAUAAAAUAGAUAUUAAAGGAAAGAAGAGAAACAAUUUCCAGGCCAACUCGGCUAAAAUCACGGCCUGGGUAGAAAUUUUCGGUGAAUUUUUUGCCCGGUAUGGAGAGAGGAGGAGCAUGAAAGAAAUACAAGAUCAAUGGAAGAGGAUAAAGCUCGCGGGGAAGGCUGAAUGGGCAGACUUCUCUAAAAAGAGGAGGAUGAUGGGAGGAGGAGAGUCACCCCAUCAGCCCUCUGACCUCUCCGUCUUUCUGCGGGAGAUGGUUCCAAACGAAUUUUCACAGAUCCUCAACGAGUAUGAUGACGAUGCAAGCACUGCCAGUCAAAACGACGAUGCAGUGUCUGCUUUCGAGUACUUGGCGGGGAUCUUGCUUAGUUUGGAGACUCCAGUGAAUUUGAGCUCUAACCAGUAAUUACCUGACUUAACGUUGUAUAGAUCUAGUAAAGUGAGAAAUGAUCAGAGAAUUGAAUAAUUUUUAGCUACUCCAGCGACAGACCAAAAGUGCGCAGACGAUUUUUAGGUAUUGAUAUCCUAAAUGAUCGUGCAUAUGAUUUAGUCCUGCUCCGGAUCCUAUACGAGUCCCAUACAAGGACAGAGUCUUUGUCACACCACCCGCUACCCUUUAAGAACUAAGGGAGAGAAUUCAAGUUGAGGUGGACAGAUUGAGGGCAAACCCUGAACAAGUGAGACAGGUCAUGAAUGGGAUCCAGCGCAGGUGUCAGCUUUGUUUGGAGAGAGGAGCGGGACACAUCGAGGGACUUG